AUGGCAUUAAGUGACUUCAGAAAAAAGCAGAAACACUCCCUGAUGAACAGAGAGAAAGAGGACACAGCUGAGAACUAUGGGAGUAUCACAGAGACUAAGAAGAAGAACAGAAGCAAAGAUGUUUCUUCCUCAACAUGUGAGUACAAGCAAGACUACAGUCACAGCGUUCCUGAUAAGCAUCUCCCAGCACAGCAAGAAAUUGAGUCUGAGGAAGAAGAGCUUUCUGGAAAAAAAAGCAGGAAGAAUUUCAAGGAUAAUAAUGAAAUCAUCAAGAAGAAAAAGAAGAAAAAGAUUCAGAAGGAGGAAACAACAUAUUCAAACAUUUCUUUAAACAAAGACAAUACAUCUAAAAGCCAAAACAUAAUACCACUAGAAAGCAAUAAAAAAACCAAAGAGAGUGAAAUGGAGCAAGCUGAAUGUGUUGCAGAGGGCACUCUAGAUGGGGCAUUAUACAAUAGUAAUCAUAUGCUCUGUGACAGAGAAGGGAGAAAAAGAAAAAAAGUAGCAGCUCAGGACUUUGCUGAAGAACCAGGUUCAAAAGCAAAUAUAAAGAAGAUAAAGAUUGAGAGAGAAGACCCAGGGAAUCAGUUACUGGAACAUCUAGAUGGUGUAAUUAUUGUGCAGGAAAAAAAAGGAAACUGUGAUGAAGUUAACAUAGACAAGGUGAGGCGUCAGGCCCUGCAAGAAGAAAUUGAUAGAGAAUCUGGCAAAACUAAGGCUUUCAGUUCUUCCAAAGUGGGACAGGAUAUGAAAUUUGGACAGUGGAGUACAGCUGCUUUUAAAAGUUCUGAGGAAGAAAUGAAGUUUUUUAGACUGAUGGGUGGCCUUAAAAAGGGCUCUAUGCCUGUCCAGAAUAUCUCAGCAACUAUGAACAAACCGAACAUGGCUCUGAACAGGGAAGGGGAGGAGAAGUUGCAGCAGGUUCUGAAGAUGCAGUUUGAUAAAGCAAUGGACUUGAAGCAACAUAGAGGAAUUGGUCUUGGAUUUCAACCUGCUGCCAACAAAAAAGGAUACAUAGACAAAUAUACAUCGAGAUCUAUAAAAUUUGAAGAUUAA